AUGAGCAUUCAUGACUUUGUUACCAACGAUUUGUUAUCAAAGUUCAAAGAUACCUUUUUUUCGAAUUCGUCAAAUGUUUUGGCUCAAAAUAUCUGUGUUACAUAUGACCCGUUUCAAGUAUCAUUGUCAAGAAAUAGGUUUCAAGACCAAAUUACUUCUACUAAUAAUUUUUCUACGAAAAUUAAAGGUUGCGGAAACCCGAUAGGAGAUCAAAAAUAUUCUGGCCGUUGUUGGAUUUUCGCCUGUUUAAACGUGAUACGGGUUCCGUUUAUGAAACAAUAUAAUAUCCCACAAUUUGAAUUCAGCCAUGCUCACUUGUUUUUCUGGGAUAAGAUUGAGCGAAGCAACUUUUUUCUAAACGCAAUAGUGUCAACUGCUAAAGAUGGUCACACUUUAGACUCCAGAACAGUCAUGCAUAUACUAAAAAAUCCCAUCGAAGACGGUGGCUACUGGAAUAUGGCAGUAAAUAUUAUCGAAAAGUAUGGUCUAAUGCCAAAACUUAAUUUUCCAGAAAGUUUUAAUAGCGAAGAUAGUAAAGAGCUUAAUUGCAUUUUGAACAGUAAACUCCGAGAAUUUGCCAUUGUUUUGCAUGAUAUGGUGACUAAUAACGCCACGAAUAGUAAUAUUUCUGACCAGAUCGAAAAGGAUAUGUGCAUUGUGUUCCGUAUCGUUGGAGUAUGUUUGGGUAUUCCCAACCAGACCUUCAAGUGGUAUUAUCGCAGAAGUGCUAAUGAACCCUUAUUGUAUCAAAGCUUUACGCCGCUUGAGUUCUACAACACAAUGGUCCGCCCGGUUUUUCACCUCGAAGACAAGGUCUCUUUGAUAUCCGACCCGAGAGUCAACAAGGAAUUCGGCCGGCUGUAUACGUUGGAUUUGAUUGGGAACGUUCAGGAAGGCACUAAAAUCAUGCGUAACAAUCAACCAAUUGAAGUACUGCUGGAAGCAUGCAAACAAUCGAUCGCCACCCUUGGCGAACCAGUUUGGUACAGUUGUGAAGUGUACCAGAGAUUUUCAAACGAACUUGGGAUCGAAGACUUAAAAAUACAUGACAUAGAAUCAUUGUUCGGUACCGACAUAUCAAUUCCGAUGACCAAAAGUGAACGGAUUUUAUACCAUGAAUCAUAUCCAACGCAUGCAAUGGUAUUGACUGGAUUCCACGAAGAAAACGAUGAAGUUACACGGUGGCGCGUUGAAAAUUCUUGGGGUAAACGUAAUGUGAACACGAAUGGUUUUAUAAUGAUGACCACUGAAUGGUUUAAAGAAUACGUUUUUGAAGUCAUUGUUGACAAGAGUUUACUGCCAAAAUGUGUCCUGGACGUAUUUAGCCAGGAACCAAUAGUAUUGCCAGUUUGGGAUAAACUUGGAUCUCAUAUUUGUUGA